UAGGGCCUUGUGGGAGGCCGGAAGUUGCGGUCUCAUUACUCGCUAUUUCAAAAUGCUGCCUAGGCCCUGGGACCUGUGACUGCCACCCCUCCCCCUCCCGGGCUCGACCGGGGAGAGAUUCAUGGAGCUGCCGUAAGCAUCCUCUGCCCCGCCACUGGCGUGAAGUGGUGUGAUCUCGCCUCACUGCAACCUCUGCCUCCCGGGUUCAAGCGAUUCUCCUGCCUCAGCGACCCAAGUAGCUGAUUACAGGCGUUUGCCACCAUGCCCAGCUAAUUUUUGUAUUUUCUUUUCUUUUUUUUUUUUUUAAAUCAUGGGUAAUGUCAAGUUUUUUUUUUUUUUCCUAAGCACUUUUUUUUUUUUUUUUUUGAAGAUGGAGUCUUACUCUGUCACUCAGGGUGGAGUGCAGUGGUGCGAUCUCGGCUCAAUGCAACCUCUACCUCGCAGGUUCAAGCGAUUCUCCUGCCUCAGCCUCCUGAGUAGCUAUUACAGGAGCCCGUACCACGACGCCCGGCUAGCUUUUGUGUUUUUAGUAGAGAUGGGGUUUCACUAUGUUGGUCAGGCUGGUCUCGAACUCCUGACCUCAGGUGAUCCGCCUGUCUCGGCGUCCCAAAGUGCUGGGAUUACAAGCGUGAGUCACCGCACCCAGCGCCUUCAAAAAUUUCUUAUUUGACAUGCCUUCAAGCUUCCUUACCGCCCUAGUGACGCCUUCGCUCCGUUUCCCGCCCCUGCCACCCUUGGGGAGUAAGGAUGAAUACUGGCGAAUGCCAGAGGAAGCGUAGUUUUUCCGAAGAGCUGAAGGCAGCCUGUGAUUACGACCUUCUCUGUUUUCUGAUCUCCUAAUACACGUCCUUUUACCAACAGACUGCAGUUUCUUCACUGCCAAAAUGACGUCAUUUUCCACCUCUGCCCAGUGUUCAACAUCUGACAGUGCUUGUAGGAUCUCUCCUGGACAAACCAAUCAGGUACGACCAAAACUGCCACUUUUGAAGAUUUUGCAUGCAGCAGGUGCACAUGGUGAAAUAUUCACUGUUAAAGAGGGAGAGGUGACCACUGUCCCCUGGAAUCCGAAGCCAAGCAGAGCCUGGCAGGUCAUGCACUAUUUAGGUCAGUACAUAAUGGUGAAGCAGCUUUAUGAUCAGCAGGAACAGCAUAUGGUAUAUUGCGGUGGAGAUCUUUUGGGAGAACUACUGGGAUGUCAGAGCUUCUCCGUGAAAGACCCAAGCCCUCUCUAUGAUAUGCUAAGAAAGAAUCUUGUCACUUUAGCCACUGCUACUACAGAUGCUGCUCAGACUCUCGCUCUCGCACAGGAUCACAGUAUGGAUAUUCCAAGUCAAGACCAACUGAAGCAAAGUGCAGCAGAAAGUUCCACUUCCAGGAGAAGAACUGCAGAAGAUGAUAUCCCCACACUGCCUACCUCACAGCAUAAAUGUGUAAAUUCUAGAAAAGAUGAAGACUUAAUAGAAAAUUUAACCCAAGAUGAGACAUCUAGGCUGGACCUUGGAUUUGAGGAGUGGGAUGUAGCUGGCCUGCCUUGGUGGUUUUUAGGAAACUUGAGAAACAACUAUACACCUAGAAGUAGUGGCUCAACUGAUUUACAGACAAAUCAGGAUGUGGGUACUGCUGUUGUUUCAGAUACUACAGAUGACUUGUGGUUUUUGAAUGAAUCAGUAUCAGAGCAGUUAGGUGUUGGAAUAAAAGUUGAAGCUGCUGAUACUGAUCAAGCAAGUGAAGAAGUAGGGAAAAUAAGUGACAAAAAGGUGAUUGAAGUGGGGAAAAAUGAUGAACUUGAUGACUCUAAGUCCUUAAGUGAUGAUACGGAUGUAGAAGUUACCUCUGAGAAUGAGUGGCAGUGUACUGAAUGCAAGAAGUUUAACUCUCCAAGCAAGAGGUACUGUUUUCGUUGUUGGGCCUUGAGGAAGGAUUGGUAUUCAGAUUGUUCAAAGCUAACCCAUUCUCUCUCCACAUCUGACAUCACUGCCAUACCUGAAAAGGAAAAUGAAGGAAUUGAUGUGCCUGAUUGUCGAAGAACCAUUUCGGCUCCUGUCGUUAGACCUAAAGAUGUAUAUAUAAAAAAAGAAAACUCCAAACUUUUUGAUCCCUGCAACUCAGUGGAAUUCUUGGAUUUGGCUCACAGUUCUGAAAGCCAAGAGACCAUCUCAAGCAUGGGAGAACAGUUAGAUAACCUUUCUGAACAGAGAACAGAUACAGAAAAUAUGGAGGAUUGCCAGAAUCUUUUGAAGCCAUGUAGCUUAUGUGAGAAAAGACCACGAGAUGGGAACAUUAUUCAUGGGAGGACAGGCCAUCUUGUCACUUGUUUUCACUGUGCCAGAAGACUAAAGAAGACUGGGGGUUCAUGUCCUAUUUGCAAGAAAGAGAUUCAGCUGGUUAUUAAGGUUUUUAUAGCAUAAUGGUAGUACGAAUAUAAAAAUUGCAUUUAUUCAGUUCACAUCACAUUAUUUGGAGAUCAAUCCUUUAUUUAAUUUUAUUUCCUACUUGUCUGUUAGAGAAUGUUCUUAGAUACUAAAAUCCAAGGUAGCUGUGAGAAAGAAAAUGGGCACCAACAAUGAAAAACAGAAGUAAUCUGAUAAGUUAAAUUAUGAAGUGCUGUGGAUUACUUUAUGCUGCAGUCAGGGACAUAGUUAAAUGAACCCAAAAGAAAAACUCUUGAAAAACAAGAGAUUUCUUCCAUGCACAUUUACAAUAUUGAGGUAUAAGUAACAUGAUAAAGUGUUUCCUUCUAACAAGUUGUAAAAAUCUAACCACCCCAUAAAAGCAAUAGAAUGUUUCUGUCACCCUAAAAUACUCCCUCCUGCCCCUUUUCAGACAGUCCUUUGACUAUUUCAUGGCUCUCACCCUAGAUUAGUUUUCUUGUUGCACUUUUUUGGGGGGUUGUAGGGGAGGUGUGGGUGACAGGCAGGGUCUUGUUCUGUCUCCCAGGCUGAAGUGCAGUGCAGUGGUGUGAUCAUGGCUCACUGCAGUCUUGGUUCCUGGGCCUAAGUGGUCUUCCCACUUAAGCCUCCUGAAUAGCCGAGACUAAAGACUACCAUAACCACACUGGCUAAUUUUUUUUUUUUUUUGUCAUUAGAGGUCUUUUAUUACAGAGGCCACUCUGCACUCCACAAUUACUUACACAACUCCAUCUUACUAAACUGUAGAAUCUAACAGGGGGCUGGGCCUGGUGGCUCACGCCUGUAAUCCCAGCCACUUUGGAAGGCUGAGGCAGGUGGAUCAUGAGGUCAGGAGUUCUAAGACCAGCCAGACCAACAUGGUAAAACCUCAUCUCUACUAAAAAUACAAAAAUUAGGCAGGCAUGGUAGUAUGUGCCUGUAAUCCCAGCUACUCAGGAAUACUUAGGAGGCUGAGGCAGGAUAAAUGGUUGAACCCAGGAGUCGGAGGUUGCAGUGAGCUGAGAUCACACCAGUUGCACUCCAGCCUGGGCUGGAGUCUCAAAAAAAAAAAAAAAAAAAAUUCAGGAACCUCACAGGUUUUAGAUAACUGUCCUUGCAUUGUUCUUCACACUGGGUCCCUGGUGUUGAAUUGAAGCAACUCCUUCCAAGUUCCUUGCCCAUUAAUUAGCCAGGCCACUGUCCACAUUGUCACAGACAUUGUAUUAACUGAAAACCUGGCCCAUGCUGUAAUCCAUUAGGAGAAUUUGUUUUUAAUUAGAUUAAAUUCCAGUGUUAAUGCAGAAAACCUGGUAGAGAUUGAAUUGCUAUAUGUAACUGUCUUAGUUCUCUUCUUCAUAUCAUAUUCUGACCAUUUAUCUUCUACACCUGGCUGACCUGCAUGUUCUUGUAGUGCAACAUCCACUUGGUGUUUACGCUUGGCUUUGUUUUCAGAUUUAAAUUUUGACAUACGUUUUCAAACCUAUCUAAGAAACAAUGCUGAUACUAAAAUGGCUUCUGUAGAAUAGGUUUGACAGAUGUAAGUCUUUAAUUCUUUGGCUUUGGUUUUUGUGCCUGUUAGAGUUUUUUUUUUUUUUUUUUUUUUUAUAAGGAGUUUCGCUCUUGUUACCCAGGCUGGAGUGCAAUGGCACGAUCUCGGCUCACCGCAACCUCCGCCUCCUGGGAUCAGGCAAUUCUCCUGCCUCAGCCUCCUGAGUAGCUGGGAUUACAGGCACGCUCCACAGUGCCCAGCUAAUUUUUUGUAUUUUUAGUAGAGAUGGGAUUUCACCAUGCUGACCAGUAUGGUCUCGAUCUCUUGACCUCGUGAUCCACCCGCCUCGGCCUCCCAAAGUGCUGGGAUUACAGGCGUGAGCCACCGCGCCCGGCCCGCCUGUUACAGUUUUACACACAUUCAUUCAGAGGACAUUACCAUCAGUGUGUUACUUCUUUUUUCAAAUUCCAUUAUGUUUUUAAAGACCCAUAUUUCACUAAGCCGUGUACUUGUUGAAACUGAUGUGAGUGACUUUGUUUCCACACGUGAUAGAGUAUCAGAUACUGGAGUUUGCCAGGGUAGAAUGGUUGGAUUCAGGAAUGUUUAGCUGACUCAUUGCAGGAAGUUAUCCUGUAAUCCCAGCUACUUAGAAGGCUGAGGUGAGAGGAUCAGUUGAGUACAGGAGGCUACAGUGAGCUAUGAUCAUGCCAUUCCACACCUGCUUGGAUGACAGAGGAGACCUGUUAAUGAAAGGAUAACGUUCUGAAAGAGCACUGGCUAAUGUUUUCAUGUUUUGUGGAGAUGAAGUCUCACUGUGUUGGUCUCGGACUCCUGGGCUCAAACAGUCCUCACACCUCAGCCUUCCAAAGUGUUGAGAUUAUAGUCAGGAGCCACCUAGUCUGGCCCUUUUGCAAGACUUUAAUCUGACAUCUAAAUUUUUAAAAUUUAAGUACUUAAGAAGGAUAUACUAUCCAACGUAUUAUUGCAUGUUAUGUAUGUGCUUUAAAUACUUUGUUUUUUUGAGAGACAGGGUCUCACUUUGUCAUCCAAGCUGGCACUGAAGUCUCAACCUUCUGGGUUCAAGUGAUCCUCCAACCUCAGCUUCCAUCACACCCAGUUAAUUAAAAAAAUUUUUUUUUGUAGACUGCAUCUCAUUAUGUUGCCCAGGCUGGUCUCUCGAACUCCUGGGUUUAAGUGGUUUCCCUGUCUCAGCCUCCCACAGUGUUGGGAUUACUGCCGUGAGCCACUAUGCUUGUCUUAAAGAUACAUAUAUAUAUAUAUUUUCCCUUACACACAAACCCUUGAGGAUAGGCUUAAAGAUAUUUUUAUGAAAGCCAAUUCAGAUAAACACACAAACAUACUUCUCUGCAUAGCCUUCAGAAGGAUCAGGUUGUUUUUUUUUGGAGACAAGGUCUUUGUUGCCCAGGCUGGAGGGCAUUGGCACAAUCACAGCUCACUGCAGCCUUGAACUCCAAGAUCAAGCAAUCCUCCCACCUCAGCCUCCCAAGUAGCUGGGGCCAUAGGUGCGUGCCACCAUACCUAGCUGAUUUUUGUGUUUUUUGUACAGAUAGUGUUGUGCCAUGUUGCCUAGGCUAGUCCCAAACUCAGGUUCAGGCAGCCCUUCUGCCUCAGCCUCGCGGGAUUACAGUCCUGAGCUACCAUCCCCCACCCUCUUUGCCUCUUUGGAGUUACCUAGAUUUCUUUUUUGACCCCUUUGUUUAGUGCCUCUGGAGCUGCUUACACCAAGGCAGUGCCCCUUGGUAUGAUACUGGAUGGUUGACAGGAAGGCGGUUUUUUUGUUGUUGUUGUUUUUGAGAAUAAGGAGUAUGGCUGUUGUGACAAGGGAAUUAAAGAGAAAUGGUAGAUAUGAAGAGGCCUCAUCAGAGCACAUGUUUUAGGACAAUACAUAUGGAAAUUGGAGGUCUUUAAGUUGGUUUUCAUAUAGAGAUGCAUGUGUCCUUACCCCAUGGGAAAAUGUUGGUGUAUGCUCAAGGGUAUGUAUGUGUCAUUUUGAAGACCAAGGCCCUAGAAUUGUCAAACUUAAGGAUCAUAAAAUUCACCUGGGUUGCUUGUUAAAGGUGCCUAAAGCCCAAGAGACUGAUCCCUGAGACCUGGACCAGGAAUUUGCAUUUGAACAAGUAUUCCUGGAAUCUCUGCAAGUUUUAUACAGAACAUGCUUUUGGAAUCCUUGCCCUAGACAGGCAUGUCCAGUCUUUUGGCUUCCCUGGGCCACAUUGGAAGAAUUGUCUUGAACCACACACAAAAUACACUAACACUAAUAAUAGCGGAUAAGCUUUAAAAAAAAAAAAAAAAAAGCUUGUGAUUUUGUUUUGUUUGUUGUUUUCUUUGGAGACAGUCUUGUUCUGUUGCCAGGCUGAAGUAGAAUGGUGCUGUCUUGGCUUGCUGCAACCUCCACCUCCCAGGUUCAAGCGAUUCUCUUGCCUCAACCUCCCGAGUAGCUGGGAUUACAGGUGUCCACCACCACACCCGGCUCAUUUUUGUAUUUUUAGUAGAGACAGAGUUUCACCAUGUUGGCCAGGCUGGUCUUGAACUCGACCUUAGGUGAUCCAGCUGCCUCAUGUCCCAAAGUGCUAGGAUUACAGGCAUGAGCCACCACACCUGGCCAGAAAAUCUCAAAAUGUUUUAAAAAGUUUACAAAUUGUGUUGGGCUGCAUUCAAAGCCGUCCUGGUCUGCCUGUGGCUCACAGUCCAUAGUUUGGACAAGCUUGCCCUAGAAGGAAGAAGGGUUUCUCCUUUCUGCUUUUUUAGGUGCCAUACAGAACAGGAUUUCUUUAUUACUGCAUUUAGUUUUGAGAGAAGUUCUGUUAAAGUUACAGAAUUUUAAAAGUGUCUUGCACUAGUAUUCGACAACUCUUAUUUUGCAUGAGGCUAAUAACAGCUAGGUGGUAGAGUUACUACUAGAAUCCAAGUUAUGAAUACUAUAUCUUUAAAAAAUACCUUCUCAUUUUAAGUGGCGGUGGUUAUUGAAUUUGGGACAACUAAUCUUAAAAUGUAGAUCUAAAUACAUGGUUUUAGGAAAAUGAUUUGCGGCCAAAAUGAGGCUUGAGAGAGAACAGUGACUUAUAACACUUUCUCCCAAAAGGGAAGGACCCAGUAAAUGUCAGGCAUUUUUUUUUUUUAAUCUAGGUUCUGGGGUACAUGUGCAGGUCAUGCAGGGUUGUUGCAUAGGUGCAUACAUAACAAGGUGGUUUGCUGCCUCUGUUCCCCCUUUGACUAUAUCCGGCAUUUCUCCCCAUUUUAUCCCUCCCCACCCCCAGGCUUUCUUAUUAAUCAGAAAACUACCCCCAGUAUCAGGACAAGUAAAAGUGGCAGACCUGAACCAUUUUCUUCAUAAGUGCUCUUUACUCAAGAAUGAAGCUCAAAUCUCUGUCUCUCUAGGAAUUAGGGGUGAGACUUUUUCCCCCAAUAAGUAGAGCCACAGUUCUUUGGGUUAAAUGUUUUAUUAGGCCAUGGCUAGCACUCUCAAACUUCAGAAAGUGAAUUUUCUCCCUAUUCCUGCCUCCCACCAAAUGCUCUCUUUAUAGUGGUUGAUAGCCAGUUGCUUUUGCAAGUGAUAAACUGGAGGCACGGACAAUUGGGGACCUGUGCUUGUGCCAUCUGAUCCUUUACAUGAGUUAUAAUUUUUAAUAAAACUUAAGAACUAAGCAUUUUACCUAAGUUUUUAGAUAUUUGAUUCCAAAUUUGACACAUCAUUGCCCAGGAAAGAAUUCUUUUAUGCUGCUUAACUUUAAUCCUCUUCCUGCAUGCUCACCUGGGUUUUCCUUUUUUUUUUUUUUUUUGAGUUGGAGUUUUCGCUUUUGUCGCCCAGGUUGUAGUGCAAUGGAGCCAUCUCGGCUCACUGCAUUCUCCACGUCCUGGGUUCAAAUGAUUCUCCUGCGUCAGCCUCCUGAGUAUGUGGGAUUACAGGUGUGUACCACCAUGUUGGGCUAAUUUUGUAUUUUUAGUAGAGGUGUUUCACCAUGUUGGUCAGGCUGGUCUCUAACUCCUGACCUUAGAUAAUCUACCCACCUCGGCCUCCCACAGUGAUGGGAUUAUAGGCAUGAGCCACUGUACCCAGCCUAAAUUAUUUUCUUGAUCUGUGUUUGAUUUUGUUCUUUUUUUCCUUGCCACUGCGGUACAGAUUUUUUUACUCACUAUCACUAAACUAGAGCAAUAUAUAGUUUAUGUGUGAAGUGUUCAGAGUUUACUGCUAUAAGGAAACUUCCAAAUACUGAUAUUCAUCUUUUAUGUGUAGUUAUUGGGACCAUGUGCUCUGGUUUUCUGGAGACUGCCAGUUUGCUCCCAUUUUUCUGCAUCCCACCUGAGAUGGAAAGGGGAGUUUGUUUCCAUCUCUCCCCUUUCACGUUCAGGUGUCUUCAUUUGGUUGUUAAAUUAUAUGGUCACCUAGUUAUGGGUAAGCCAUGGUCAAGUUAAAAUCUCAACUGUGAGCAAGGAUCUGUGUCAGUGGAGCUCAUUUUUUCUGCUGCAUCAUGCCAUAGACUUGAAUAAUCAUACCCCAUUACCAUCCGAUUUCUUGUAGUUGUCAUUUAAAUUAAAUUUAAGAUUGUUAUCUUGGGCAAAAAGUUCAGCGCAGAGAUGGCAAAUCAUUAGAACCACGAUGAAUUUCAGUAUUACAGCUAAAAAGGUCUGUCUCAGUAUUAACUCACUCACUCUCUCUUGCAAUGUGCAACAGUAAUUGGUAUGCUUUUGUAUUUAAUGCUUAAAUCAGACUUUAUAAAAAUCUUAGACCAAGCCUUUAAUAUGGUUUGCCAUUUCUCCAGUCUGUCUACGGAAUAUUAUGGAUUUCUAAUCCUAGGCAUGGACAAUGGAUUGGAGUUGAGCCACGCCAGCCUCCACACUGCCACUAACUUGUGUAAUGUAAGACUGAGUCACUGCCAAGCAUUGGAAAUACAUGGUUGUGUUUUAAUUAUAAUUUAUGUAUAGUUAGAUGUAUGUAAUGCAUUGCAUGGUAUUAUUUGGUUUGUAAGAAUUUAUUUUAAGGGUCAAGGACAUUUGUAACAUUUUUUUGUGUGUCAAUUCAAUGCAGUGUUGGCUCCCUUGAAAAGUCAUUAAUGAAUUUUUGGUGAAUGUUCUAUUCUGUAAUACAAAGUUAUGUAAUGUUACCUCUUGACUCGCUUUUGAAAGGAAGACAAUUGUUAACCAGACAUUUGUUUUUUCUCUGCAGAAUUAUAUGAAUUUCUGAUAUAUGGCUUUAGAUACUGUGAAUGUUUGUCAUUUAGUCAGUCAUCUGCUUAAAUUGUUUACUUAUAUCCUAAGGGGCAAUUUAUUUUGAUCGUUCUCCCACUCAAGUGCACAUAUGUGCAAGCACAUUUCGAUUCUGAUGCUACCUUUGCUACAUCUAGAUGGCCAUAGAUAAGGAACUAGCUAUGUUUUUAGAAUCUGCACUUCAAAGAUAAAGGAACCAGUAAGCUCUCUCGUAUGCUAAACGAGAAAUGUACAGUAUUUACAAAUGUCUGGAAUUUUGCACUGCCAUAGGGAAUGUUAAGGUUACUUGGCUAGAAUUUAUGAGACUUGUGAGUAGACAAGUUGAAGCUUAGCAGAUGAGGGGAAAUAUUGAGGCCCCUAAGACUAAACUGAACAUAAUCAGUGUCUGAGAUAGUGGCUGAAGUGGCUCCCCAGGCCUAAUUUGGGAACCGUUUUUCCUGAUUGCUUUGACAAAACCUUUCAUUUUGCUUGUCGUUGCUAUAUUCUCCCUUUAUAGGAGCCACCAGAUUUCUUCCCUGUUGUGGGAAAUGUCCCAUUAGCAUUUUCAGAUCUUUUGAUGUGCACUAAUGCCAUUAUUGGUAACGCUGUUAUUGGUGAAUAUAGCAUAGUUAAAUAAACUUACAGUAAACCUACACUUGGAUUUAUUGCACCUCUAUCAAUAGCCUUUUGGAUGACAAAGUGUUAUAGAGAAAGAGGCAUGUCUGCAGAAAGAGGUAGCUAAUAUUUUUUGGUACUUUAUCUGAAAUCCAAGAUGCUGCUUCCCCUGUAGGUGGUUUUCCCUUUUAGGAUUAAUCCCCUCUGGGAGCACAGGACAGUUAGUAGAACUCCUCAUUUCUUAAGGUGGAGAGGGUCAUGGAUACCUAAAAAAGGGUCAAAUAAUGCUAGAAGAGCAAUUCCUCUUUCAGAGCAGUUGCUGUAAUUUGGCUAAUGCUUUAUUGAAAGUUGACAUUAGGCUGAGGGCGGUGGCUCAUGCCUAAUUUAAUCCCAGCACUUUGGAAGGUGGGUGGAUUGCUUGAGCUCAGGAGUUGGAGACUGGGUGUGGUGGCAUGUGCCUGUAGUCCAAGCUACCUGGGAGGCUGAGACGGGAGAAUCUCUUGAACCAGGGAGGGCGGAGGUUGCUGUGAGCCAAGACUAUAUCACUGCACUACUCUCUGGGCAGCAGAGCAACACUCCCGUCUCAAAGAGAAAAUUGACAUUUAUCAUUAUAACACCUAAUGAGUCCCUAAUUUCUUACCUGAAGCCAUUGUUUUUUAAAAGGGUUAAGUACUGAUUUCAGCAGACAAAUAUUUCUGAUCAGAUAGUCACUAUCAACAGAGUAGCAAAUGUGGUUUCAUAAAGUAGGAAGAAAACAGCAUUUUAAAAUAACUUAGGGAGACUGAUUUGAGUAAUAAAACUACAGUCUCCCUUAAACAAAACCCUUUCUUCCACCUUUACUGUAUCUUAUAUCCCCUUAGUUCAAAGUUAUUACCUAUUUCUUGAUACUGCUUUUGUACCAAAGACCCUUAUCAGCCCUUGUAACUACAGUAUCUUUAGAUAGGAUUCUUCUUUCCAGUCAGUCCUGGGAAAUGUUUCUGUUGCAGUUAGGUGGUAGAUGGGAAGCCAUUAUGGCAGAGCUACUAUCUAAUAAAGUAACAAUUUGUAGUUGAGGCUUCCAAAGCAUGUGAUGGGGGAUAGGGGAGUUAGCUUCCCUGUUGUCUCAGCACUAAGAAUUGAGGUCAGGCCAGGCACGGUGGCUCACUCCUCUUAUCCCAGCACUUAGAUGGCCAAAGUGGGCAAAUUGCUUGAGCUCAGGAGUUCGAGACCAACCUAGGCAACAUAAUGAAACCCUGUCUCUACCAAACACAAAAAAUAGCUGGGCAUGGUGGUGCACACCUGUUGUCCCAGCUACUCAGGAGGCUGAGGUGGGAGGAUUGCUUAAUCCUGGGAGGUGGAGUUUGCAGUCAGCUGAGAUGACACCACUGGAAUCCAAGGUGGGUGACAGACACCCUGUCUCAAAAAAAGAAAUUGAGGUCAGACUUCCUUCUUACAGAAUUACUUCUUUUCUCUGUGGUUAGCCUCAUUUUUUCACUUCCUUCUCAAUAAGAAUCAAAAUGUUUCUUUGAGGUUUUUUUCUUCCCCCUUUUAAAACCAACAGAAAAUGUUUCAAAGGAGGGAUGAAAUGCUCGUUGGCUUCCUCAGCACUUGGCAAGGUAGACCUCAGCCACCUCUGAGUAUGACUUUCUGCAGUCUCUAGCUGUGCACUAUUAAGUGCCUCUUGGGUGGAGGUAGAGUAAGUAUUGGGUGCCAGUCUUGACCUUCGUCUGCCUCAGUUUUUCUCAUCUGUAAAAGUCAGUAUACAUACCUACCCUUCUACCUCAUAGUUUGUUGGGGGAAUUAAACAUGGGGGAGCAACUUUGAAGUCUAUUAAUUUCCUGGAAGAGAUAUAAAAGCCUAUUAUGCUCUUGGUUGGUGUCCCAAGCUCUGGGUUACAUAUUCAGAAUGCCUCAUGUUAUGGAGGCUGAGCACAAGCUCUCCUGUAUGCCUCCCUGGCAGAGCUCGUCUUGCUUACUGUAAGCCCUUUUACCCAUGCUUCUAGUUUAGAUAUCCUUUCCUGAAAAUGAGGCUGUUGACUAGAAAAGAGUUUUUCCGUGGGUGUUCUGAGACAAGUUUGUAAAUUUGGAUGGCACUUCUAUCCUGAUAAAACUGCCUUGCUGUGGUCUUGAUGUACAAAAAAUCUUUUUUGAGGGGUGUGGGGACAGUGUCUCACUCUGUCGCCAAGGCUGGAGUACAGUGGCGCAAUCUUGGCUCACUGCAACUUCUGCCUCUCAAGUUCAAGUGAUUCUCCUGCCUCAGCCUCCCAAGUAGCUGGGACUACAGGUGCCCGCCACCACGCCCAGCUAAUUUUUGUAUUUUAGUAGAGACUGGGUUUCACCAUGUUGGCCAGGCUGGUCUCAAACUCCUGACCUCAGGUGAUCCGCCCACUUUGGCCUUAUAUUGGGAUUACAGGCGUGAGCCACUGUACCCGGCCCAAAAAGUUUCUACAUACACUUGGGUAGGUGGCAUAAAACACACUGCCAAUUAUAUAGAAAACAUGCCAUUUUCCAAAUAUUUCUGAUUAGAGUCACAAGAGUAGCAAAUGUGGUUUCUUAAAGUGGGAAGAAAGCGGCAAUUUAAAGUCACUUUUUGGGAGACUGAAUUGAGUAAUAAUAAAACUCCAGUUUCCAGCAAAAUAAAUAAAUAACCUUUUGAAUGUGACCAGCUCACUAAGGAAAGAGAGAGGCAUUUUCAGCAUUCUUGCCUAGUUUUCUGUAUAAGCACCACUAAAGUAAUAGCUCUGUAUCUCUUUGAUGUUUGCACUAUGUAAUGCUUUUUAUACUUUUAAAAUUGUGCUUUUUUUGUGUAUUAAAUGUGUUUCCAUUUGCCA